AUAGUCCUCGCGAUUUUUAGCCGCACCGGCGGAAAAGCGCGCGCGCACGCGUGGCAAACUAACUCGAGCAAUAUCGGGCUCGUUUCGUACGUCCUGGUUCAGAUCUACGAAAGCACACUCCCGGGACGGUUCCGGGCCAUUCACGGCGAUCUGGCCUUCCUCCAAGUCUCAAGGUUUGUCCAUCUCCCAUCCGACCAAUUCCUAUUGAGGUUGGAUCCGAGUUCGACACUUCUGGGCCCGGACGCCCGGAUGCUCGAGCUGGACUCCGCAAGUUACCGCAUCUUCCAGACCCUGGAGUCCGCUAUCCAGAAGCUCGCAACAUCGAUCAAGACCCUAAAUUCUGCAAAGAGGAAGAAG